CAACAACAGACAGCAAACAGACAGAUGCGAAUCAACGUCAAAGUUACGUGAUUGCGGUCCCAAUAUUUGAUAUUCUUUAAUAAUUCAAUUUAUAAAGUGUUGAAACUAAACAAUUAAAAGUAAAUGUUGAAAAUUACAAGAUAUUUUUCUAAUGAUUCAAAAAUUGUUAUGACAUCUUUGCAGUUAUAUAAACAUUUAUUGAGACAGUGUGAGAAGCUUCCCCCUGACGCUUGUAAACAUUACAAAUUCGCUGUUAAACAGAGCUACAAACAACACAAGUUUGAACCUGAUCCAGAGAGAGUAAAACAAAUCAUUUCCAAAAGUAUUGAUGAUGCCAAAUGGAUAGUGAAUAAGUACACCAAGAAAUAAUGGGUACUGUUAAGAAGAACCAUAUUAACAUGUCGAAAGGAAAAACUGCUUUUAUUUAUGAUACUAGAAUAUUUUAGCUCCCAAGAAUGUUUGGUGAAAAAAUAGAAGAUUUUGAAAUAUUGGAACAUCUUGGUAAAGGAGGAUUUGCACAUGUAUAUAGGGCAAGAUGUCGAAGGACAGGACUAUUUGUUGCUAUCAAAAUGAUAGACAAAGCACUUAUGGCAAGUGCUGGCAUGAUUGGCAGAGUAAGACAAGAAGUGACCAUUCACUCCCGUCUUAAACAUCCUGCAAUUUUAGAAUUAUACACAUUUUUUGAAGAUGCACAUUAUGUCUAUUUAGUUUUAGAACUAGCUCACAAUGGUGAGCUGGCAAAACAUUUUAAGUUAGGUACACGUGGACUUUCUGAGAAGGCAGCAGCCGAUAUAUUAAGACAAGUAUUGAGUGGAGUAUUAUAUCUUCAUACACACAAUAUCAUUCAUAGAGAUUUAUCAUUAAAUAACUUACUACUGACAAAGGACCUAAAUGUUAAAAUUGCUGAUUUUGGCUUAGCAACUCAAUUGAAUGGACCUGAUGAAAAGCAUGUUACUAUGUGUGGAACACCAAAUUAUAUUUCUCCAGAGGUAGCUGCUAGAGAAUUUCAUGGAUUACCUGCUGAUGUCUGGGGCUUAGGCUGUAUGUUAUACACUUUGCUAGUAGGGAGUCCACCUUUUCAUACCCAACAUGUUAAGACCACUUUAAACAAAGUUAUAAAUGCAGAUUAUAAGAUACCACUAGAACUUUCCCACCAAGCCCAGGAUUUGUUACAAAAGCUUUUGUGCAAAGAUCCUACAAAAAGAAUAACAUUAAAAGGAAUUCUGGAACACCCAUUCUUGUGUAGCUCUCAAGGUACAUGUAAACAAGAUAUAUCUCGAGAUUCUGGAUUUCUUACUACUCUUCACAGCACCCAACAUAGUAAUAAAUUUAAACAUGAUGAUAAAAGUGAGCCUGAAUGCCACAUGAUACCCCAUAUUGAAAAACAAGACAUUAGGCCCACAUCUUAUAAUGUGUUUACUCAAGAAAUUAGUUCAAAUUCCACUUGUUCAAAUAACCGAAAUUAUUAUUUGUGUACUGGAGUUGACAAAGCUUCAGCAGAAGCAUUUGAUUUUAAAAAUCAAAAUAAUGUCUUUAAAAAAAACGAAAGUCCAUGCAACAGCAACCUGUCUUUAUUUGAAAACAUCAGAAAAUUGGAUAUAAAAUGUAAAACACCCCAGUUAAAUGUAAAUACAGAAGACAAUAAAGAAAAUGUUGCCAAAACAUGUACUGUUAGUUCUAAUGCCUUGAGUGUUCCUCCACUGUGUGCUGAAAGAUUGCCAACAAUAUCACAUCGGACACGUAAUGCCAUCUUAAAAAUAGAGCCGUCUGGAGUAAUUGUUGAGUUUAUUAAGAAGAAAGGAAAAGAUAGAGAAGAACAAAUUACAGAAAUUUGUAAAAUAUCCAAAGAUGGCAUGAAAAUCAUAAUAUACACAGUUGACAGCAAGACCAGAACUCUGAAUAUUGACCAUGAUCCUAAUCCCGAUGAGGUAUUUACAUAUCACAAUUUGCCACAGAAACAUUGGAAAAAAUAUUUAUAUGCUUCUCGAUUUGUUGAACUUGUCAAAGCCAAAACUCCAAAGAUAACACUUUAUACAUCAUUAGCAAAGUGCCAGUUAAUGGAAAACACAACUGAUAUUGAUAUUUUCUUUUAUAGUGGAGAAAAAGUAACUUUUACUAAUUCAGAAGGCUUAAAAAUAAUUGACAAACAUUUGAAAACUCAUUAUAAUCUUGCUUCAGCACCUGAACUUAAGUAUAUAACUGAUCAUUUUGAAGAAUGUUCUAAUCGCAUGAAAAGAGUACAAUCAGCACUCUCUGGUAUUCCUGAUGAGUGUUUCCCAUUAAUAAUAGGAAAAAGGCCUGUGCAAACUGUUGCUAAUGCACAAUCUCCAAUGCAGGGAUCAGUAAAUGCAAAUUAUAACACACCCCUUUUGAAUAUAGGAUCAUUUCAUCGAACAGCUGCUAGCUCUAGUCAAGCCCCUAGUGAUUACAACUAUUAGGAAUCACUACAAGUACACAAUUUUGAUAUGAUACCAUGUCCUAAUGUAGUUUCACAAUUGUUCUAUGGUAAUAUUUAAUUUGUCUUCAAACAAUUCUGAAUUUAUUGGUAUUAGUUAUAAAUAUAUAUUUAGAAAAUAUAAAAUAUGUAAAAAAUCUUUGACAAAUUCUAUUUAAUAUUUAGAUGGCUUGAUUAUGUAUUGAUAAUAUAAUGUAGCUUAUACAAUCAUUGCAACCAGUACAGAAUAAGCCGAGGGUCAUAUCAUACAAGCACUUACAAUUUCUUAUAUUAUAAAUAUAUAAUCUUUUUUCCUUAACAAUUAGAACAGUUGAAAAAAAAAGUAACAAAUUAACUACCCCUUAGAAAUAUUAAUAAUAUUUAAACUGACCAACAGUGGUCUCUGUUCUCCAAUGAGUUUCUAUUUAGUCAGUGUUAUUUCUUGCUAAUAACUUUGUGGAAAAGUUAUAAAUACCAGUGUUGUUUUGUUUCAUAUUUGUCUUCUUAUAAUGGUCCUGGGCUUAUUCUAAAAUGUUGUAAUUUGAAUAAUUGAAAAACUGUGCCUCUUAGUAUUACCUAAUUUUAGCUUUAUGGCAUUAUUGUGCUUAAUUUUCAUUAAUACAUAAUUUAUGUAAGUAAAUACACAUGGUGCAUAGUAUUUUAAAUGUUUUUUCACUGUCUACCGGCUAGGUCCCUACAUAA